AUGGAUAAAUAUGAAGAAGGAGAUUUAGAAGAGAGUUUGCAUUCUUCUCCAUAUUGGAUUAGGGGUUCGAUGCUUGGAAAAGGUGGAUUUGGUUCUGUUUACAUGGCGAGAAUGGUUAAGGAACCAUCGCCAUUGUAUGGAACUACGCUUGUUCGUGGCUUUCAUCCAAUUAUGGCUGUCAAAACUUCACGUCUUGCAAAGGGUGAAGAAUUAGAAAAUGAGAAAAAAUUUAUUGAAUAUUUUGAUGAUUGCCCUUAUAUUAUUAAGUGUUUUGGUCAUGACACUACUCUUAAUAUAAUUGAUGGUGGAGAAGAAGUAUUUUAUAAUGUCUUCUUGGAAUACGCUGUCGGGGGGACAUUGUUUGAUUUCAUCUUAAAUUCUCCUCUUUAUAAUGAAUCUAAACAAGUUAAACAGUUCCUUCAACAAAUUCUGAAAGGCGUUGAUUAUAUUCAUGAGAAGGGAUUUGUACACUGUGAUUUGAAACCUGAGAACGUAUUAUUAGUGAAAGAAAUAAGAGAAGAAAACUUUUUCUUUAUGGCUAGAAUUUCUGAUUUUGGAUUGGCAAAGAUGGUUGAUGACUCGACGACUCGUGUUAGAGGUACUAAAGCAUAUUUAGCUCCUGAGUGUCGAGGUGAAAACCGAAUUCAAGGACAGUUUUCAGACAUUUGGGCAAUUGGUGUCAUGGUUUUAUUCAUGCUAACCAAAGACCUAAAGUGGAAUAAAAAUCUAUACUACUGUAUCUCCAACGAAGCUAUCGAUUUUAUAUUGAAAUGCACAAAUCUUAAUCCUUCUAAAAGACCAUCAGCAAAGAUACUUCUCAACCAUCCAUUUAUAACAAAUAUGUAA